AUGGUUAUUGUUGAUUCUGAUGGAGAUGAAAUCCAUGUUGUUUGUAAGCCAGACCAGCUAAAGUCUUGGAAAGCUGAUUUGAAGGAAAAUUGUACUUAUGUCAUGCAUAACUUUAAAGUGAUGAAGAAUGAUGGUCAAUUCAGAGUCUGUGAGCAUCAAUAUAAAUUAGUUUUUACUGGAGUUACUGUUGUUAGGCAAUCCAAUUUAGAUCACCUCCCUUUUAAGGAAUUUAAAUUUGUUGAAUUUUCCAAUGUCAUUGCUGGCGAUUUCGAGGCUGGCCUGUUGUUCUUAGCCUACUUGAAUGAGGCUGAAAAUGAUGGCCCGAUGGUUAUCAUUUUGACGUAUGCCAUAAUCAAAGAAGGGCAAGGAUCCUAUCCACCCUUAGUGAGUAAUUCGUUGAAGGACUCAAAAUUAUUGAUUAAUGAACUUGUGUUGGAAAUCCAAGAAUUCAGUGAGAGGCUUACAAAUUUAGGUAUUGAGGUCAGGCCAGUUUUGACACCUCGCAUUCAAGGAAGUUCACAACUUUCAGGCUCAAGCCAAUUAUCAUCAAAGGAUGCAUUUCUUUCAAAGGUUGAAGGAAAAACCAUUGUUGAGAUUAACGUCAUUUCGGAGGUGGUCCUGUGUAGACUUGAGGUGAUGGUUAAGCACACGAAUGAAAGCACGAAAUUCUUGCUUUGGGAUUGUGAAUGUGUUGAGUUGAUUGGUCAAUCAGCUGAUGAAGUCAACAGGGGUGAUGUUGCUUUAAAUGCUUAUCCUCAAGCACUUGAUAGACUGUUGGGUUAUGUCCUUGCUUUUAAAGUCAAGGUUCAACCAAAGUUCAAGAAUGUUGUUGCUCAUAGAUACUCAAAUGAAUUAGAUUUGAUCAAUGUUGUGCUGAACAUGCUGCUUGAUACUAAGGCAUGUUCCAAGGUUGAUAGUCCAAACCUUGAUUGCAAUGAUGCCCCACAAGUUGAAUUUGUAAACUAA